AUGAAGAAUGUUCUGUCUUUAAAUAUGAAUCCCGAGGGGAAAAGCAACUCUCAAAUUGAAAGUAGGGUUUUGAACAAGAUUUUUUGUCGUCAUGAACAAACAUCAAACAUCCUGUUCCAAGUAGGUAGUUCUUUAAAUUACUAUUUGUAUGAAUUGAUAACUGUAAAAAUAAAAAAAAAUAAACAAAAAGCGUGA